AUUAUUCACGUGAAGAUUAUUUUCACAUUUUCACACGACUGUCUCACCUCAGAAAAUGAAAAGCGCCACCAAAAAUAAUGAACUUUUGUUAACGACAGAAAAUCUGAAAGGCAAAACUGAAAGUUAUAACUGUAAGAUAUCAAAGUAUCUAUCAUCAUUUCAUUCAAUUCUCAUUCAAUUCCAAUAGUCAAUUGAAGUAUACCAUCCAUUCAUACUCUCAAUUUGAACCUAGAAUCUUUUAGAUCAUUAUCAUUUGUUGUUGUUCGAAUCUCAUAUCAUAAAUCAUAAUUACAAUCACAAUCACGACCCUAUUUACUUCCUUAUUCCUACAUACACAUUCACAUAAACACAUACAUAUAUAUAUAUAUAAUUCAUAAUGUCUGAUCCAAGUUCAAUUAACGGUGGUUCGGCCCUUGCUAUGGUUGGUAAAGAUUGUAUAGCCAUUGCUUGUGAUUUACGUUUAGGUAAUCAAUCAUUAGGAUUAAGUAAUAAUUUUGAAAAAUUAUUUCAAUUUGGGGAUAAAACAUUUUUAGGAUUAACUGGAUUAGCAACAGAUGUUAUAACUUUAAGUGAAACUUUCCGAUUUAAAAAUAAUUUAUAUGAAUUAAGAGAAGAAAGAUCAAUUGAACCAACUACUUUAGCUAAUUUAGUUAGUUCAACAUUAUAUGAAAAAAGAUUUGGACCAUAUUUUGUUGGUCCAAUUGUAGCAGGAUUACAUUCAAAAACCAAUAAACCAUUUAUAUGUGGAUUUGAUUCAAUUGGUUGUAUUGAUUUUGCUAAAGAUUUUAUAGUUAGUGGUACCGCUAGUGAUCAAUUAUAUGGUAUGUGUGAAUCACUUUAUGAACCAAAUUUAGAACCAGAAGAUUUAUUUGAAACCAUUAGUCAAGCCCUUUUAAAUGCAGUUGAUAGAGAUGCUUUAUCAGGUUGGGGUGCUAUAGUUUAUAUUGUUACUAAAGAUAAUGUAACAAGACGAGUAUUAAAAACUCGUCAAGAUUAAAUUAGAUUAUGUAUUCUUCUACGUAUUUUAAUAAAUAAAUACAAUUAUAGUCAUAUACUUUUUUAUUGUUGGUUAC